UGAAACUCUGUUUAACAAGGAGAAACACAGCCGGCGAAGAGGACGGGCGUCCAAGUACUCUUCUGGUAUUUUUAUCGUUGCUGUACCUUGCAUAUUUGCUUGUUCAUCUCGACUCCUGAUCGAAAUAAAUACUACGCGUCCGGGGCCUCGGCUGAAGCAAGUUUCAUUAUCAUCCUCAUCCUCCCUGCAAUCGCGACAUCACGACAUUGGGCUUUACGUCCCUCCUAAUCGUUACUCUCUCUAUCUAAUGUCAAGUAUCUGCGUGGCUGGCCACCACCACCACUACCACCAUCACCACAAUGGUCACUGUACCCGGUGUUCUGCGACGGUCUAGCACCGUCAACAUUGUCGAGAAUGGAGGAGGGUCCAGCGGAGAGUCGUCCCGACGUCCUUCUCUCGCAGACGCACCCGCCCCUCGACGGCCUAGCUUAGCUGGUCUAAGUCUACGGCUCUCCUCACGGUCGAAGCGAUCAGGGUCAGGGUCUGUCAAGGAGAUGAACGCAAUGGCUGAAAUGGCAGCUCAAAAGCUGGGUCGAGCCUUCUUCUCCUUGCCGGACGAAAUCAUCAUACAGAUCUUGUGCUACCUCGGCCAGAGUGAUGUGUUCGCACUUCGACUCACCUCUCGCUCGAUGAAUUCGUUCCUGAACGCCCACGCCUGUCCGAUAACGCGAUCGAUCCUCUUUCGGUGCGCCCGCGAGAGGACGGCGGAUGACACCGCGGAAGAUGAGGUGGUCGAGCGGAAAGCACAAUACACCUACAACUACAUGCAGACAUUGUAUCCGCAGCCCACGCCGUGUCCGUCGCUGGAAUAUAUGCUGCAGAUGUUGAGACGGCAGGCUCAGAUUGACAAGAUGCUGUCCGUGACCAUGAGCUUCGUGCAGAUGAGGGUCUAUAUGAUGCCGAGUUGUCCACGGUUCUCGGACUUUCGGCCCUACAGGGACAAGCUCACCCGGCGCAUGCAUUUGGCCGCGUGGACGAUAUCUCAUUUUCUCGAAAAGUACAGGGACCUCCUGAUUCACGUUCAUCCUCACCACGAGAGACUCGAAGAGAACAGUAACCACCCGGCCACGUCCCCGACCGAUGAAGCAGCCUUGCCGAGCUUGUCACCUUGCCCAGAGUGCAACGAGGGUCUCAAGUCGUUGCUGCGAUCGUACCCGGGCACCGAGAUCAUCCCGGCGUACCACUUCUACGAUCUCUGCCGACAACAUCUGCGGGCCCUGAGUCGAGCACCGACUUACGCUGGGACCAUCGAGCGGCGGUUGCGAGGAUGGAGCCGCAAAUCUCCCACGGAGGCGGAUCUGGCCAUCUUUGUGAUAUUCGGUGGCAUUUCGGAACUGUCCAAGUUGAGCAUGCUCAAAGGCAGCUACACGCAGCGCAUCAACAUGAUUGGCUCUUUCUGGGACAGGGUCAUGCUCGCUGUGAGCUCAAGUGGCAUCCUCGACUACAGUCCUUCUUCGUCUUCCCCGUCGUCGUAUGCGCAAACGGCGGAUACGUCCGACGAGUUACUGCCUGGGUCUCUGAACUCGACAUUCAAGAACAUCUCGCAAGACAGUCUCUUGGCGGUACCGAUCUUUGAUCGCUUCAUCAGUGCAUCCGACGAGUGGAUUACCAGGAUGUAUGAGGUCGUGAGACCCGGCGAUCAAUUGGCGACGGCUUUUGGGUUCGUACAGAAUGUUCUAGCUGGGAAGAAAGAACCGCCUCCUGGUCUCGACACGAUCGGUGGUUUUGACUCUGAUACCGAGUCCGGGUCCAUCUCUGGAUCCGAAGGUGCAGUGAAUCAAGGACAGAGCAACAGCGACUUUGACUUUCUUGCCCCAGUCAAGGGAUUUGAUGACUAUUGAAUAUCAGUGGUCCCCUGGAAGCUCGAUGGCGGUGAUGACUGGUCUCGAUGUGCAGUGAGUUCUUGUUAUUAUCCACCCUCUCUCACUGCAAAACCCGGUUCCACACAAAACUUUUUGAUGAAGAUGGAGAAAGAAAAUGUACCAUUACUUCCUACCGAGUAUUAAGUAAAAGUGUAUCAGUAACGACACCUAGGUAAAGCAUUUUUAUUUUACGGUUUCAUGUACCAAUAUUAUGAGACAUUUUCUGAGACA